AUGAUAAAGCAACCAUUUAUUCUUGCUAUUCUUAUCUCAUCCGUUGUUCUUAAUCAAGGAAACCAUGACGAUAUCAUAUCUCCAUUUGAUGAUGAUAAUAGUAUACAACAAAAUAUUAAUAUAACGUGUUUUUGUACCGGUGAUGCACAAUGUGACUUGCAAUCUUCUACUUGUCAAAUAACACAUCCUGAUCAUGCUUGUUAUGAAGCUUGGGAGAAAAGCUUCCAUGAUAAUACGAUCGAUGUCACUGCUGGAUGUGUGUCUAAUACUUAUUUGUGGAGACAACUAUGGUGUAAUGGUAACAAAAGUGAUCGAUAUGUAAUUUGUUGUACUGGCAAUGAUUAUUGUAAUGAUCGUGAUGCAUAUUCGAGCGAUAUACGAAAACAAUUAUCGUCAUCAAGUAACUUCAAUUAUAAACCUGUGAAUUUACUAGUUAUAUAUAAAUUAUUCAUUGUCACUGUAUGCAUUGUUAUGAUAUCGUGUUUAAUUCUAUUUAUUUUAUUUCGUAUUAAACGAAAAAAGAAUUUUUCAUUGAAUCAGACUGAAUCAAAUUUAAAACGACAUUUAUUAAAAUAUAAAUGUCUUCAACCAAAACAUUCCACGAUAGAUAUUUAUCCAGAUAAUGAAUCAAUUGGUUCGGAUAGAGGCAGUAUUCCUGAUUUAGUACCAAUUCGAUUCCCAAAUCAAGUAACAUUAGAUAAAAAAAUUGGUGUUGGUGGUUUUGGUCGUGUUUAUAGUGGUAAAUGGAUGAACAAAACUGUCAUUGCUAUAAAAGUCUUUCCAGCACAUGAUGAACCAUCAUGGCAGCGAGAAGUUUUUAUUUAUGAAACCUUUUGUUUAAAUCAUGACAACAUUCUUCGAUUUAUUACUGCAGAUCAUAUAGAUGUUUCAGGUUAUACUGAACAUUGGAUUGCUACUGAAUAUCAUUCAAAUGGAUCUGUUUAUGAUUAUCUUCAUAAUCAUACAAUAACAAUUCCAAUAAUGAUUAAAAUGAUGCAUAGUAUUGUCAGUGGUCUGUUUCAUUUACAUACACCUAUUGAUUCAGCAAGAGCAAAAGUUUCAUUGGCACAUCGAGAUUUGAAAACAAAAAAUAUUUUAGUUAAACAAGAUUUAUCAUGUUGUAUUGCAGAUUUAGGUCUUGCAGUUAAAGAAAAACGGGAAGUAAAGAUUGAUAAAGAAAAUCCGACUGUUAUUGAUAUUAUUGCAAAUCAUCGUGCUGGCACAAUUCGUUAUAUGGCACCGGAAAUUUUAAAUAAAACAUUAAAUGAUCAAAGUUUUGAAUCAUAUAAAGCUACUGAUCUUUAUGCAUUAGGACUUGUUUUUUGGGAAAUGUUACGAAGAUGUCAAACAACUCCAGAAGAAAAUGAUACGGAUGAUUAUCAACUUCCAUAUGAAGAUAUUUUACCAAAUAAUCCAUCACUUGAACAAAUGCAUGACGUUGUAUGUAUACAAAAAUUUCGACCAUUACCUUCAUCUCGGUGGAAAAAUAAUUCGAUUCUUAGUUAUAUUUUUGAACAAUCAGAAGAAUUAUGGUUAGAAAAUCCUGCAUGUCGUCCGAGUAGUUGUCGAAUUGAGACACAACUAAGAGAUCAACUUCAAUCAAUAGAAAUUAUAUCCUUACAUGGAUAUAAUGAACAAAGAAUUGAAAGCCCACAAACUAUUUAA